AUGACUCUAGACAAGUACACAGAAGUAUAUUUACCAAAGAUCAAACACUAUAGACAAGAUCUAUCAAAACAAGUGGAACCAUACCUUCCUUUGAUUAAAAACAUUGAUCCUUCAAAAGAUGAACAUUUCAAUGCCGCUGUGGAAAUUGAAAAGCUCCUAAGUCCAAAAGAAUUGAAAAUCACUGGAUUAACCACCAGAGAAUUGAUUGAUAAACAAUUACAAAAUGAAUUAACCGCUGUGGAUAUCUAUAAUGCUUUUUCAAAGAGAGGUGCUUUAGCUCAUAUAUUCACCAAUUGUGCUAUGGAAUUGUUUUUCCCAGAAGGCUUAGAAAGAGCUCAAGAAUUGGAUGAUUAUAGAAUAAAGAAUGGUGGUAAAUUAGUUGGUCCAUUCCAUGGUAUUCCAAUUUCAUUAAAAGAAUUGAUGAAAUAUAAAGGUAAAAUUACAAAUGCUGGUUAUGUUGCAUUUUUGGAUAAUAUUAUAACAAACCCAGAUGAUGAAAGUUUAACUAUUAAAAUCUUGAGAGAUCAAGGUGCUGUUUUUUAUAUUAGAACUUCUCAACCUCAAACCGUAAUGCAUCUUGAUACUCAAAAUAAUAUUACUGGUAGAACAACUAAUCCAUUUAAUACCAAGAUCAGUCCUGGUGGAUCUUCAGGUGGUGAAGGUGCUGCAGUUGCAUUAAAAGCAAGUGUUAUUGGUAUUGGUUCUGAUAUUGGUGGUUCAGUAAGAGUCCCUGCAGCAUUUUGUGGAAUUUAUGGUAUUAGACCAACAACUAAAAGAUUAUCAGGUUUAGGUUCAUUAAGUGGUGGUGCAGGUCAAGAAUCAAUUUUUGCAACUCAAGGUCCAAUGACAAAUUCAAUUGAUGAUAUUGAUUAUUAUAUGGAUGCUUAUAUUAAUAAAGGUAAACCUUGGUUAAAAGAUCCAAAUAUUAUCCCAUUGGAAUGGAAAUUAAAUUAUCAAUUAGAUGAUACAAUUACAUUUGGGUUCUUGACAACUGAUACAAUUGUUGAUCCAUCAGAUUCAAUCAAGAGAGGUUUAAGUUAUGUUCAAGAUAAAUUAACCAAAUUUACAGGUAAAAAAUGUAUUGUUAAGACAAUAAAUUUAGAUCAUGAAUUAAUGGAGAAUGCAUAUAAACAAAAUAAACAAAUUUAUGGUACAUCAAAACCAACACAUGAUGAAAUCUUGAAUAAAUCUGAAGAACCAAUCUUACCAUUAACACAAGUGUUUUUGAAUUUUGCUAAUGAAAAUGGUAAUAAUAUUUUAACUAAUAACAUUGUUAAAGAACAAACAAAAUUAUAUUUCCAUCAAUUAUUUGAAAAUGAAUCAUUAGAUUUCAUUAUUGGUCCAACUUUUACAAAUGUUGCAGAAGUUCCAGAUAAUAUUACACAUUGGUUUUAUUCUUCAAUGUUUAAUUUGAUUGAUUUCCCCAAUAUUGUGUUUAAAACAGGAUUAACUCAUGAUUCAAAUGUUGAUCUUCAAGGUCCUUCAAACAUGACAAAUUAUAAUCCUAAUGAUUACAUCAAUGCACCAAUUGGAUUACAAUUAACUGCUAAAAGAUUUGAAGAUGAGAAACUAGUUGCCUGUGUCAGAUUAUUAGAUGAAGUAUUAGGCCUAUAA